AUGGGCAAUAGACACAGUAGUAAUCGAAGAUAUCAUCACAGCAGUGCUGAUCAUAUUCCAAAGGCUUCAUCAGCACCAAGUAUGUACUCUGCCAAUUUAAAUAUGGAUGAGUCUCCCACAACCAUUAGAGUGGCCUCGAAAACUUCUCCUACUCAUAAAUCAUCUAAUAGUACCAACACAAUAACAUCAAUAACACUGUCAAAGAUGAAACACACUGCUUCUAGCAAAACAGAUACAACAACGGCCACUCAAGGAGCAAUAUUGAAAUCAGUUUCCUCAAUGAGCUAUGCCUCAUCAUCAUCGAGUGCGCAUUAUCCAAAAUCUUCCCUUAAUUCUACAAAUGUAAAAUCCACCAAUGCUUCAACCAACACAACUGCUACCCAUCCUAUUAUUCAUCAAUCAUCCUCUAAUUCUUCUGUAUCCAUUCAACAACAACAACAACCUGACAAUAGAAGUGGGAAUUCCACACCAACAAGUAUUUCACAUCAAUCCUCCAUUGAAAGUAUUGCAAUCUCACCUAGAAAAUCUACCACUUCUCCAAUCUCUUCUCAAAACAACUCUACCAGUAAGCUGAUAAGAAACAGUACCAGUAACACUACUGAAUCAGAACAGCAAACAUCUCAACAGAAGAGCUCCUCUCCUCCAUCCCCUAAUAAGUGGUUUAUGGGCAAUGAGGAAUCAGUUUCAUCAAUCAAGAUACCGAAUAGAUCUUCUAAAAAUCUUCUCGAAGCAACAAGGGUUAUGCAUGUUGAGAGUGUGGAAGAUUUCUCGUUAAUUGAAGAACCAGAAAAGGAGAAGAAGGAAGUGAUGCACCAUUCAGUAACACUUCCAGAUAUUCCUCUUCCAUCCUCUGCAGAUUUUCAAGCACAAGAUGCAGAUCAUCCACAAAGACAACGAUCUAACAGUUUUGCACCAAGUCCUGCAACCAAACAGAUUGUCUUUCUGGCAGUUCAAAACAAUGCACACGCAUCAUCAAGGAGAAAGCUCAAGCUAUCCAAACCUCAAUCUUCCUUAAUACCAGAACAAGGUGAAAUAUGUACUAAUAUUCAAGCUAUGCCAAAGAUGGAAGAAAAGACCAUCACAACGCAGAGCGAGGUUAUGCAACAAAAUCCUGAAACAUCUGACAAGAAGAAUGAAACAAAAAAGGGAAAUAUAACGAAUCUGAAGCUGGAUAAGAUAUCCAAAAAAGAAGAAAGCAGUAUUGAUAACACUGAUACUCCGUUAUUCUCACCUGUAAAGUCUUCUAAGGAAAAAUCGGUAAAAAGGAAGCAAAAAGGUUCCGCUACAACAAAACUAGAAUCAACAAACAGCUCAACCUCAGACAACGCACUCUCCAGAUCUUCCAUCUCUAGCUCUACCACCACAACCUCCAUGGCUCAGUCUCUAUUCUCUUCUUCAGACGAGAGAAAAUCAUUCUGUUCAGCUGCUCUCGAUUUCCAAAAGAAUUGGUUCAAUGAAUUGAUGGGAAGACGUGAACAAGUCACAGUCGAGCAACAUUCAGAUUCAUUACACAAUCCAUCACAUCCAUCUCAUUCCUACAAAUCCUCCCCAUUCAGUAUUUAUUCUAAAGAUCAAAGUGCUGCAGCAAUUUUUGACACUCGUAGAAGACACAGUGUUUUUGAGAGUAAGAACAUUACAGUAGUUCCUCUCAUUGCAGUUUCUUGUCCACCUAACCCAGCUCAAUCCCUUGACCACCUUACUCUCGACCAUAAGAAUGGCACCACAACUCAUCUGAGUGUAAAUACAGAGAAGAAGGCACGCAUUGCUAAGAAAAAACGAAACCUCAAUAACGCAAGUCCCAACAAGAGGAAGAGUACUGUGUCAGCUUCAUGCAACUACUCAAAUCUCUCCUCUUAUAGAAUGACGGCAAAUAAAUAA